CACGGGCGUUAUCGCGAUAUUUCCACUCCACGCUCACGUUCAAGCUGCGAGAUGUUGAGAAAUGGCAACAGAAAACAAAACAGAGGAGGAAUUUGACACCGUUUUCAGUCUAACAGACUCCCUCGAACUUUCCUCCCACCACGACUACGGCCCCACUCGAGCUCGGAUCUUUAAAAUCAUAGUCAUAGGAGACUCCAACGUGGGGAAGACGUGUCUGACUUAUCGGUUCUGCGGCGGCACUUUCCUCUCAAACCCAGAGGCAACUAUCGGGGUGGACUUCAGGGAGAGGACGCUGGAGCUGGAUGGAGAGAGUAUCAAGUUGCAGAUUUGGGACACAGCAGGUCAGGAGCGUUUCCGCAAGAGCAUGGUGGAGCACUACUACCGCAGCGUCCACGCCGUCAUCUUUGUGUACGACGUCACCAGCCUCCCCUCCUUCGAAAGCAUCCCGGAGUGGAUCGAGGAGUGCAGCCGCCACGCGGUGGGGCCACUGGUGCCCCGCAUCAUCGUGGGAAACAAGUGCGAUCUGAGGGAGCUGCGGGAGGUGCCCGCAUCGUCUGCCCAGCUCCUCGCCGACCGCUACAACUACCCGCUGUUUGAGACGUCGGCCAAGGAGCCGUCCGAGAAGGAGCAUGUGGACGCCAUCUUCCUGACCUUGGCGUACAGGCUGAAGAGCCACAAACCUCUGAGACUGAAGCAGCUGAGCGAGAACAGCGUCAGGCAGCUGAGCCAGAGAGAGCAGGAGGAGGGGCUUUGUCAGUGCUAAGCUCCGCCCCUUCCUCACUGAUUGAACUUACUAUUGAGGCUACAUCCUCCAGCAGGGCUGGAUUGAAAAACUUUUUAGAAGAACUUUUGUUGAUUUUAAUGCUAUUGUUUCUUUGCUGAUGUGCAUGAGUUUGCACAAGUAUUUACACCUAAGAUGAACGUUUAGUUUGGAGUAAUACUGGACUCUUCCAUAUCCACACAUUUAUUUAGAGACAAUAAACAAAGAGAAAAACUGUGAAAAAAUGAGAACACUCUUUAAAAUCUUGGUGAUUUCUUUCAGGGAUGACAGCAGCAUGAGUUCCGGUGCUAUUACUCGGCUUUUUUUGCACACUUUAAACCCAAUAACCCAAGUGAUGAAAUGUAGCUGUAUGUUUGGUCGAAUGCAAAUCCACACAGUUCAUUUGAACUGCAUGUUUGAUUGUAAAAUCGAUAUUACUUGAAGUUGAGAAAACCGAAUUCUCGACGAUGUAAUCAUGUGUGAUGCGACGCCCUUUCAGCUGUGUUGGGAGCGGUCAGUGUAAACCUGCAAAUCAAUAAAAUAAUCAUAUCUACUGUG